AUGAGGUUGAGCUCGAGGCAGGUGUGAGUCCCUCUUCACGAUUCGUGCUGGCAUGCCCUGCGCUCUGUGCUCAAGUGAACAAGGCGUGCCUCCACGCAUAAAAGGAACAGCACGCCGUCGAUGGGUUUUACCACUCUACAGUCAGACAUUAUCAUCAUCAUCCAUCCAACUCAGUACUCAUCACCUCUGCCUGGAAUUCCAGCGAACACGUCAUGCCUCGCACGUCAAUCCUCAUAGCGGAGCAGUCGGGCACUGCUUAUGGUUCAAAGCGAGCUGCGCGAAGCUUGAUCCCAUUGCCAAGCUCAUUGUCUUCUCCAAAGACUGUGACGCAAAGCCCUCUGCUUUUGCUGUCAAUUGUCAUGAUCCUGUUCGCCCUGCUGCCCCUGUUGGAGCCUCUGGGCAUAGGCAGCAAUCCGAGGAUUGAAAUGGCCCGAUCGUUGAGGUCACAAGCAGAAGAGGCCUGGUUGAACCGCGGCAAUUCAACUUGGGACCCCUCAAAGUACUGGGACGUCGAGACGCCAGUUUUGAUAGGAACAAGGGAGCCAGUGAGUUCUGAUGGUACCCGAAAUACACGAUCACUUGUAGAUGUGUACCAAUCAAAGCUGACGAUGCUUGUGCGACGCAGUCGACCGGACUCGAAUUCAGCAUGGACAGGCUCGAAAAGGGAGCAUUACUCUACGGCUGGCUGCACAUUGCACCUGCUAUCGUCUGGAGCAUCGCAAUCCCUGCCCAGCACUCCAUCCGGCUGCGGUCAGCGUAUCCUGCCGUGCACAAAUGGCUUGGUAGAGCUACGCUCGUCUCUGCGUGCCUUUUGACCUACUCUGGCGUCUCCUUCCCUUUUCACGAUCUGAGCUACUCUGCCGACUUGCUGGUGAGUCGAGCGGAUCCAGAAGCCAAACCACACCAGAUGCUGACGCACGGUGGUCCCUUUCGCGACUUGGCGCGCUGCAGGCCACACACCGUUGGGGCUACCUCGUUUGGCCUUCCUUUAACCUCGUUGUCCUUCUCGCCGGUCUCGUUUGGUGAGCAAUGGACUGGCAGAUCCACUUGUUCCUGGCGCCGAAGCUGAUCGAGUAGGUACGAUGAACCUGUAGGCCGCCUACCGUGUUGAUGACUUACUUGACGGCGCGCAAGAAGGACUGGAAAGCUCAUAGAGCCUGGGCUACUCUGCACACAUUCAUAGGGAGCGUCAUUCCCAUGCAGGUGAGAUCUGAGCCGGUCCGCUUGAUCUGGGGCACCACCCAGAGCGCUCCAACGUGUGAGAAGCCAGCGCAGAUCCGACACUGAUGACUUUUGGUGCACAUUCCACCAGCGUGUCAUGAUGAUCGUUCUCUUCACGUUUGCAGGUAUCGCCGCCAACUUUCCGACUGUACACAAAGCCUUUGGACUGCCAGACGAGCUCAACAAGGAGGCUUUCGAAUUCGAAAGAGGCGUUUUCGCUCUCACCACAUGGGCCGCUCUGCCCGCUGUCGCAGCUUGGGCUUGGCAGGUGUACAAGAGGCAGGAAAAGACUCCGAUCGCGAAGUCGAAAAACUACUGA